AUGGUGAAGAUUCUGAUUCUGAUGACGUUAGCAUUCGUUGUUAUCGCUUCAAAACUAAAGGUUUUAGAAGGGGAUGUAGAUGAUUCAAACUGUGGAUGCGGCCUUGAAGAAGCUGAAUGAAACGCUGGACCAAGAGGUGAGCAAGGACCCCAAGGUGACCAAGGAGAAAAAGGGGAAAAAGGUCAACAAGGGGAAAAAGGAGAGCAAGGGCCACAGGGUGAGCAAGGAGAACAAGGAGAUCAAGGGCCAAGAGGAGAGCAAGGCCCUCAAGGAGAUAAAGGAGCACGAGGGGCAAGGGGGCCAGGCUGGAGAUGGGUUACAUAUGUGCCUGUUGGAAAUGAAAUGCCGCCUGAAUGUGAUGAGGGAUGGAAAUAUACUCUCUUGAAAGUAAUGAAAUAG